AUGUCAGCGACGCUCCCUGCGCUUAUCGUCGCCGAUCUGCUCUUGGACCAUCACAUCAAGUCAACUCCAUCUUGUCAGCUCUUCUUCUCGACUCGGGAAGACCAGCCACCACUGCAUUCUUCCACCGUGCCUCGGACUAUGCCAGACGGCGCCCGUCCGUUCCAUCGCAUACCUGAGACACAGCCCCGUCCUUUCACCACCACAUCCGCCAGUAACGGCAUGGUCUACAGUGCAGAAUCGAGGCACCCUCCUCCACCAGGAAUCUUUGCACCUACACCAACUUCGAGCUCAGCCAGCACGUCCGGCCCGCCAGGUCUUUCGCCCGAUUCAGCAGGUCCGUCUACUUCGUUCAAGUUUCCUGCGUCGCCUCCUUUGGCACACGCCGACCACACGCCGCUCGCGGCACCCCAGCCCAUGCAGCCGUUCCCACGUCUUACCUCGCCGCAGCCCGGUGCCGAGCCAGGCUCGCGAUCCGGCGGCCGUUCGCCUUCGCCCACCAAGCGGUCCUUCAACUUCCCCAUGGGCGAUCCCAGCGAGCGAUGGCACUCCAUCGGGCAGGCGUCAAACAAUGCCAGCCGCGCCUCCAACAGCACAGCGCAACGCAAACAGUCGAUCCAUUCCGGCCUUACCGCGGCGAAUGCUUCGGCCGAACCUUUCCUCGGCUACAAUGAGCUCUUUUCGCCAAAUGGCUCCAACCUCCCCGCGUCCGAGGCGUCCAAGAGCGCCAACGCAGCCGCGCUCUCCACCUCGGAUCCCAUGAACGUCGCCUUCCACUCGGGCUCCAGUGCCGACUCGAGGGGCUUCUCGCUGUCGUCCAGCCAUGACCAGGACGUCCAUCCUCACCGAUUCGGAUUGUCUCCCGGCCACUACCCUGCAUCGGCACGAGACGAAGGCUCGCAGAUGGGCGGUCAUCCUCGCAGCAUCGGCCAUGACGACUUUGGCCCACGUCCGUCGUACGCAGUCGGAGGCCCCGGCGGCGGUGCAGGCGCUCCGCCAGGAAUGCUCGGCAUGCCACCCAGCGCCGGCAACCUCAGCCCACGCAGCAUGAUGCAGCUUCAGCAUCACCACAUGCAGAUGCAGUCACAACAGCACCAGCACCAGGCACAGCAGCAGCUUCCACCAGGUCUGCAACAUCAGCAGCAAUCGCAACAACAACAGCAGCAGCCACCAACGCAACAGCAGUUUGGCCUCCAAGCCGGCAUCGGCAACGCCGCCGGCCUCGCACCGCCAGGCGGUCCGGCAGAGGAAAUCACCACCGUCUUCAUCGUCGGCUUCCCCGAUGACAUGUCCGAACGUGAAUUCGCAAAUAUGUUCCUCUUCGCCAAAGGCUUCGAGGCGUCUACACUCAAGAUUCCCGCAGGCCUCGGCAGCGCAGCACCAAACGGCCGCAUGCCUGAUGUCAACGGUCCCGUUCCAAGCGGCCCUGGAGGCCCGUAUCAGGCCGUCAAUAUGCCCGGCUUCGACCCGACUGGCGGCAUGGCGCCCGGCUGGGAGGAUCAGAACCUGUCACUCGGCCUCAACCGUGCCGGCGUGAACGAUGCCUUCUCCCCCUUGGCUGGUGUGCCGGGUAUGCCAAAUGCUCUGGGCUCUGCCAACAAUCAGUCGGCGAUGGCAGCCGGUAAGAUCAAGCAGAUCAUCGGCUUUGCCAAGUUCCGAACACGCGCCGACGCGCUCGAGGCACGCGAUGCGCUCAACGGCCGCAAAGUAGAUGCAGAGAAGGGAUGUGUGCUCAAGACCGAGAUGGCCAAGAAGAACCUUCACACCAAGCAACGGCCCGUUCUGGCAGCGCCCGGCUUCCCAGAGGGAGCCAGCGGACCCUUGCCUCCUUCGUCGAGUGUCGGCGGGCCGCCUCCGCCCUUUGCCAUCGGCGGGCCUUUUGAUCCUCGCGCAGGCCAGCAGCUCAACGGUCCGCCGUCGCAGGCGGGUCCGUUUGGUCCGUUUGCAAAAGGUCCGGGCGGCUUUGAGCCGUUCACCGCCAACGGACCCAGUACCACUCCUGGUGACCUGCUGUCGCCGCACGAGAUGUUUGGCGGCCCCGACUUCUUCAGUCCGGGGAACAAUCCGGCGCUCCGUUCGUCUAUCGGAGGCGCCAGCGCCAUGGACCAUCAAGCUCGAUCCACCGGCCCGACGACGGCGUCGCAGACACAACAGCAGCAAUCGCAAGGCUCGAUAGGCCCAGACAAGUGGGGUGGCUCUAUGGGCCCUAUCGACUACUACGGGCCCGAGAGUGGGCCAGGCCCCAUCGGAGCGCCGGGACGAGGUCUGCAAGGCGGUCCGGCUUCUAGUCUACAGGCCCAGAGCGGGGCGCAGAGACCCGACUGGCCCGCGGUAGGCUCUCCGCCGCCAGGUCUUUACAGCGCCGCUGCAUCCGCUCCGCGACCACCCUUCGCCAGACAGGGCUCGCGCGGUGUCGGUCCUAUCGGCGGCGCCACUCAGGACCAGGGUCCGGCCACUGGUGCUGGCGCCACAACGAGCAGGUCUGACGAAGGCAGCAAGGCGGAGAAUAACCAUUCGAAUUCGACUGCUUCCUCGACGAGCCAAGAGGACGCGCAGCAGCAAUCAGCCUCGGUGGUCACACGCUUUGGCUCGCUCAAGCUCAACUCUCCGCCUGCCGGCGAUGAUGGACCCGCAGCGGGUGGGGUGCGACCGCCGCAGCAGGCGCCGAGUCCGGAUCUGCCCAGCCCGACCGGCCGCAACGUGGUUGGGGACAACCAUCCUCCGGUCAACACGUUGUUCGUCGGCAACCUUCCGAGCAAUGCCUCGAGCGCGGUGCUUUCGCAGAUCGAGGACCAGCUCAGAGCGGUCUUCAGCAGCUGCCGUGGCUUUCGCCAGUUCUCGUUCCGGCUCAAGUCCAACGGUCCGAUGUGCUUUGUCGAAUUCGAAGACGUGCACACGGCAUCCAAGGCCAUGUCGGAGCUCAACGGCCACUCUUUGGGCGGCGCCAUCAAGAACGGAGGCAUCCGGCUCAGCUUCAGCAAGAAUCCGCUCUUCCGCAUGAACUCCAACUCGGCCAUGCACUCGGCUGCCAACGGCGUGGGCGGCGGCAAUGCAGGAUCGACAGCAUCCCAGGAGGGCGGUGCCAACGCCCCGCUCAGCCUGGGCUCGGCGAGCGAGACCCUUGCGGCAACGCGUCGAUGA